UGGAGGCAUGAAGGGGGGGGGGGGGGCUCCCAGGCGCCCCGAUUAAUCCCGGCUCUUCGUGGGGACGGGGGACGGGAGUCAACGAUGCGGCCGUGACGGGGGCUGGAGCCAUGGCUGGGAACACACCGCUGCUGCUGCUGCUGCUGCUGCUGAACGAAUGAAUGAAUGCCCACGGCCGGCAGGGAGGAGGGAGGCCGCGGGGGGCUGCCCGGGCAAGAGGAUGGACGCGGGAGCUCAGGCCUGAGGGGAGGCGCCCAAGGAUGCCUUUCUGGGCCGUCGUCACUGCGAUAUCCGAAGGAGAGGUUGGAGCCAGCCGGGGAGGAGAGGAUGUCUCAGUACCAUUUCAUCAAAGGCUGCUGUUUCCAGCUAUGUAACAUUUUUCGAUCCCAUGACAUGGAAAUUGACCAAUGUUUGCUAGAAUCUCUUCCUCUCAGCCAGCGGCAGCGGUUGGUGAAACGUAUGCGGUGUGAUCAAAUAAAAGCAUACUAUGAAUGGGAAAAGGCCUUUCUGAAGCAGGAAGGCUGUGCCAAAAAAUCAAAGCGCAGAAGGAAGCACAGAGUUCAUUUCAGCCUCUCAGACAUGAUACAGGACGCCAUCGUAGGCCAUGACGACAAAGAAGUUCUGCAGUUAUUGAAAGAUAGUGUCGAUCCUCACAUAGUGACUUCAUCAGGAAGUUCGUUACUUCAUCUGUGUGCCCGUUACGACAAUGCAUUUGCUGCAGAAAUACUAAUUGAGAGAGGAGUUAAUGUCAAUCAUCAGGAUGAGGAUUUUUGGACUCCACUGCAUGUAGCUUGUGCAAGUGAUAACCCUGACAUUGUUCUCCUCUUGUUGCUGGCUGGAGCUAAUGUGCUGCUGCAGGACGUGAAUGGCAACGUUGCCCUUGACUAUGCAAUGGAAGGGACUAAAUCCAGUUGUAUCCUCCUGGCAUGCCUGGAAGAAAACGGUGUGGAACUAAAUUCUCUGAGCCAGAUGAAAAGUCAGAAGUCAGCAGAAAUGCUUGCAGAUGUCAGAAAUCUCUUAUCAAAUGGAGGGUCUGUGAAUCAGAAGAACAGUGAAGGAGUCACAUUGCUGCAUAUUGCUUGUGCAAAUGGGUACAAGGAUGUUGUUUCUCUCAUUCUGGAUCAUGGUGCCAAUGUCAACGUUGUGGAUAAUCACUACUGGACACCUCUGCAUUUAGCAGCGAAGUUUGGGCAGGCAAAUGUUGUGAAACUCCUCCUGGCGCAUUGGGCCAACCCAAGUCUACUCAACUGCAAUGAUGAGAAGUCGUCUGAUGUUGCAGCUUCAGAGUUUAUUGAAGAGAUGUUGCUUGAUGUGGAAGUCAUCUGGCAUGAAAAAACUAUGGAUUCCCUUGCUGCUUUACAGCAUGAAGGACCGUAUGAAGAGAUUAUCCAUCACCUACCGAUGCUCUCGAAUAAGUUCAAUCCUUUGGCCUUGCCAAUUGCCAAGCAAGACAGUUUGAUGGAAAGAGACACCAUGUUCAAAGAUGUUGCUCAAGGUUCAUGGAAGCAGCAGCCACAAGAGAAUGCCUCCAAACGCAUCAUGGUGAACAGCCCAACAAAACUUGAGCAGGUGAAGUUAAUGCCUCCAGCACCAAAUGAUGAUCUGGCUACUCUGAGCGAGCUGACAGAUAGCAGUUUGCUCUAUGAAAUUCAGAAGCGCUUCAGUAACAAUCAGAUAUAUACCUACAUUGGAGAUAUACUACUGCUUGUUAACCCCUUUAAAGAACUUCCCAUUUAUUCCCCAAUGGUGAGCCAAAUUUAUCUCAGCACCUCUGGGAGGAUCAGCUCCUCUCUCCCACCACACAUAUUUGCGUGUGCUGAAAGGGCCUUCCAUUUGCUUUUCCAGGAGCGUCGUCCACAAAGCUUUAUCCUCAGUGGAGAAAGCGGUUCUGGAAAGACUGAAGCCUGCAAGCAAAUAGUAAGACACUUAAUAUGCCGCUCCCAUUCUAGCCGGAGUAUAUUUGAGUCGAAGAUCCAUCAUGUAAACUGUAUUUUGGAGGCUUUUGGACAUGCCAAAUCAACCCUCAACCAUUUAUCAAGCUGCUUCAUAAAAUAUUUUGAAAUAAAGUUCUGCCUGAAGAAGAAAACAUUAACAGGAGCCAGGAUUUAUACAUACAUGCUGGAGAAGACUCGAACGGUCUUGCAACCUCCCAGACAGAGCAAUUUUCUCAUUUUCUACUGGUUGAUGGAUGGCUUGUCUGAGGAGGAGAAGGACAGUCUGCGGCUGAAUAGUCUAUCUGCACACAGAUAUCUGAACCAGACUGUGUUAGAAGACAGUCCGGCAAUGACAGCCACACAAAACAGGGAGAAAUUCAUCGCCCUCAAGCAAGCAUUGAGUGCCUUGGGAUUCAGUAACCGGGAGAUGGAGAAUUUGUUUGUAAUCCUCUCAGCAAUUCUGCAUCUUGGAGACAUUCGGUUUACAACAUGGACAAAUGCUGAGGCCGCUCUGGUGUCUGAUCUGAAGCUACUGGAGCAAGUGGCAGAAAUGCUGCAGGUGUCCCCAGAUGACCUCGCCUCAGCCUUAACCACAGAUGCCCAGUAUUUUAAAGGUGACAUGAUAACGAAGAGAUACACAAUUGAGCUUGCUGAAUUCUACCGGGAUCUUCUGGCAAAGUCACUUUAUAGCCGCCUGUUUAGUUUUUUAGUGAAUACCAUCAAUUACUACCUCCAGAGCCAAGACGGGCACAGCAGUGACCAGGUACUUCCAAUUGGAAUAUUGGACAUCUUUGGUUUCCAGGAAUUCCCUGAGAACAGUUUUGAACAGCUAUGUGUUAACAUGACGAAUGAGAAACUUCACCAAUAUAUCAAUGAAGUGCUUUUUGUACAGGAGCAAGCAGAUUGUAAACAAGAGGAGGUUACUAUGAAAACUUCAUAUGCUCCUACUAACAAUGCAGAGGUCCUGGAUUUUUUCCUUCAGAAACCUUCCGGGUUUUUGUCAAUGUUAGAUGAAGAGACCCAGCGCUCCUGGUCAGAGGAAAAGAGUCUUUUGAAACGCCUCCAGUCUUAUCUGGACACCUCCAGUGUCAAAGCUGUUUAUUCAUCCACCAAAGAUGGCAAUGGCAAUAUCACCUCCAAAGAUCAAGGUCCCACAUUCACUGUGAUGCAUUUUGCAGGGCAGGUAACUUAUGAAGUUACUGGAUCUAUUAGUAAAAAUAAAGAUUCUCUCUCUCAAAGUCUUCUGUUUGUAAUGAAAACCAGUGACAACGUGGUCCUCCAUCAGCUCUUCCAAUCAAAGCUGACCCAGACGGGAUCCCUCAUCUCACCACACCGUUCUUUUAAGAUGAAAGGCUCAACAGCUGCCUUGUUCAGCAGUAAAAAUUCAGGAGCGUUCACAAGUAGAGAGGCAAAGAAAUACACAGAAGUCAGUAAACUGCUAAGAAAGAAAGGGACUUCUGCAUUUCUUCAGCGUCUGGAACGAGGAGACCCUGCAACUGUGGCCAUGCAGCUUCGGCAAUCACUCACGACGAUAAUCGGGAAGCUUCAGAACUCUACUGCCCACACUGUUCGUUGUAUCAAACCCAACCACUCCAGGCUCCCUGAUACUUUUGAUCAUUUUUACGUCUCUGCACAGCUGCAAUACACUGGGGUCUUAGAGAUGGUAAAAAUAAUACGUCAUGGCUACCCAGUUCGUCUCUUCUUUGCAGAGUUCUUAUUAAGAUACAAGGACUUGACUGAUGUUAUGUUGGGUGAGAAGACAAAGAUGUCUGCUGAGGAAAAAUGCUGCACAGUUCUCCAGCAGAGUAACUUACAAGGAUGGCAGAUAGGAACCAGAAAAGUGUUUCUAAAAUGCUGGCAAGCUGAACAUCUCAAUGAUUCAUCCUUUCAGCUGCGGAAGAAAAUUGUAACUUGUCAAAAAGUCAUAAGGGGAUUUCUUGCACGGCAGCGCUUGUUACACAAGAGGAAUGUCAGGCAGCAAGAGAUCACCUCUGUCAAAAGUUUCCUGAGAGAGCUAGAAGAUUACAGUCUCAAAGCUUAUGAUAAUUUGGUCAUUCAGAACGCUUUUGAUAUUGCUCGAGAAAAUGACCGGAUCCGCAAACAAACAGCUGCAACUUACUUUAAAGAACAGAUUGAGGCUUCUACCAAGCAGGAAGAAGAAUGCUUCAAAAAAGCCAGAGACCAACGCAACGGAGUGCCUGGCGAAGGCUGUGCUGGUUGUCGAGCCUCAAAGCAUCUCGUGCUCGGCUGGGUGCCCAUUCCCUUGGCAGGGGAGGGGCUGGCCCGGUCUGCAGUGGCAGCUUCUGCAGCCCCUCCUUCUGGGCAGGCAGCACUCAGCGUGGAGGAUGGCAGCAGCGGCCUGCAGUCGCCACGGAAGCAGCCUCCUCCGAAGCCCAAGAGGGACCCCAACACCCGGCUCAGCGCCUCCUAUGAAGCGGUUUGUGCCUGCUUGUCAGCAGCCAAUGAAGUGUUAAGCCGACCACGGCCUCAUAGCGAUGAUUAUAGCACCAUGAAGAAGAUCCCUCCCAGAAAACCCAAACGAAGCCCAAACACUAAGCUGAGCAGUUCAUAUGAAGAAAUAUCUGCCACCAAACCUGGGAGUAUGAAGCACAUGAACACAGCAGCUAAACCAGGUGAAAGACACGAGUUUUUGCUGAUACAACAAACCUCUUCAAUAGAUGGGCCACAUCACACCCUGCUGAGUUUCUGUCAGUCACAUGCUGAGGAAGACCUUGAGCCUGUGUACAUUGAAAUGGUGGGGAAUGUGAUGAGGAACCCUUUUGAAGCAGCAGAAGAGCCUGACUCAGCAGAGUGUGUCUAUGAAGAAAUGAAAUACUUUCUGCUGGAAGGAAGUAGCAACAGAAACGAGUUGGCUCUAGGGGUUCCUGGAUCUCCAGGACUUCCAGCAGAAGAACUUGAUGCCCAUAGCUGGGCACCUUCAGGCCACAAGGACUCUUGUGACAUUCCAGCCCCCUUCCCGAAUUUACUUGCUCACAGGCCCCCCCUUCUUAUAUUUCCUCCAACCCCUAUCACCUGCUCACCUGCUUCUGAUGAAUCACCCCUGACACCCCUGGAAGUGAAGAAGCUCCCUGUUUUAGGAACUAAUCUGAAGUAUCCUGGUCAAUCUGAAGAUUCCAGCCCCCUUCCCCCCCAGUUCCCUAAGAGCCAGAAGGGGGAGACUGAGAGGCCUCCUUCCCCUGGGUUGAAACUGUUUAAUAUUUCAAGCAAAGUUACACCCCCUUCCACCCCCUGCUCUCCUCGUCCUCUCCCCUUGUGUGCACCAUCUUCUUCACCCCACCCACCUUCCACCAAUGUGACUUCUCUCCCAGAGACUUCUGCAGCAUUGGCUAAUCCAGGGAAAAUGGGAACAAUAAUACCUCAAAGAUCAAAUCCUGUUCCAGCGGGAAGUGGCCCUCCCACAGUCUCCAAGUUGCCUUACUCCCCAGUGAAGGAGGUGCCAAGAGUCGAGCUGAAGAAACUAAACGCCAAUUCAUCCUCGCUACUGCUGUACAGCCCCACAAGCACAAGAUCCUUUCUCAGCCCAUUGGAUGAACUGACUCUCUUAUUCAGUUCUGGACAAAGUGUGCUACGGAAGACUGCCGUGGGGAGAAAGAUCAGAGACCUUGACUGCAAGGAAGCCAAUCUGAAUGUGACAAACAGGGAAGGUUCCAUCCCAAUGGAAAAUGUAUCCAAAACCCAAGAUAAGAAUGCAAACAACCCCAGGACUCCAGCAACUAGUUCAUUGUCUGGCUUUGUAGCUGCUGAAAAUGGAAAUUCAGUUCCGAAUGGUUUAUCACAACCAGACAAGUAUUCAAGGUUGCUGAGCAGCAAUGAAACAAGACUGUCAGUGCACCAGGAGAGUCGCACUACUCAGGUUAUUCAUCAGCUCCGACUGUCCAAGAAUGAGAGUGCUGCCCUGCAGGAACUUCUAGACUGGCGCCGGAAGCUUUGCGAAGAACAAGAGGACUGGCAGCCCAUCCUGCACCAGACGGAGCAAAGUCUUGCUACUCCACCCCUCUCUCCUUUAGAAAAAGCCAAGUCUCUUGCAGAAGGCAGGCGAGAAGUCCUGUAACCAGCUGACUUCAGGCAUCUGGGACACCACCACGUGGUCUGGAUUUUGCUUUGGUUUGGUUUGGUUAGGUUUUGACAGGCCACCAAAUACAUUGUCUUAAAACUGCAAAAAAGGGCAUUUCUAGCAUGUUUCUUUCAUUUUAAUGUGCGCUAGCAUUCCCAAAAGUAGCUGUUUUUCAAAACACAGGGAUACUUUUCAUAUAAGUUUCUUGCGUGCUUGUAUCAAUGUCAUAGGACCCAAUCUUGAACCCAACCUAAAAAUUGUUUUAACAAUGCAGAUCACUUGUUAGUAGGGCAGAGAAAGAAGGAAGGUGGUGCCUGGGAUCAGUGUUCAGCCCCACUCCCAAGGAGGAAACUUGUGUGAACACCCUCAGGUGACAGAUGAGGAGCUCCUGGUGUCAGGAGCUUUCUACCCUGCACAGCACCCUUUAACACACAUAGAUGUGAUCUGGAGGGUCACAUACCGUAAAGUCUACCACCUUUGAAGGAUUGUCUCUGUAGGACUAAGAUUAUGAUGUCCUGUGAUCUAGUUCAUGCAUUUUAUGUUCCACUGGUUUCAGUGGAGCCCAAACUAUGCAAAACUGUGGAUGAAGUUGCAGUUGUGUUAUUUUGUAUUAGUUAGCAGCAGGUCAGGAAAUUGCCUUGUUUUGCCCUUAGUAGCAAAUCUAACCAGAAGCAUUCCAGAAAGUGUAGCAAAAUAAAAGAUCAUCAGACAUCUGUGCCCACGGUAAAGAUGUAUCACACAUUGUUUCUCAUAUCUCAAUGAACAGGUUUGUUAUAGUG